UUAUUAUUAUUAAUUAUUAUCAUGAUCAUCAUCAUUUAAGAUCAUCAGUUAUUAUUAUUUUUUGGCUGUUUUACAUAAAAGUGUGCCUUGCAAGUGUUGCUGCGACGUAAAUUGUAUUUCUUUUUUUUUUUUUUUGUUGCGUCUCAGCUUGCGUGUUAAUAGCAAAACGUAUAUAUAAUCUAAUCACACAAUGAUCGUUUUCUCCUUUUUUUUCUUUCUCUUUUUACGUUCUUUUUUAUUCCUUAAAAAUUGCAUACGUUACGUAGGAGUGAUUUUAGCUGCUAUAUUUGAAUUAAAAAUUACAAAUUGACACGAGAUAUAUAAUUUACGAUAACGAAUAUUAUAGUAAGAUACUUUAUUAACAAUUGAGAUAUUGUGAAAAUGAAACUCUGUACGAAUAGCGAAUUUCUUCGUUACGUGAAAUAUUUGAACUUGUAUCUACAUUUUUAAUUCGAUUUUAUUAUAUAUAUUUAAUAUUAUUCGUUAUAUAUUUCUAAAAAUGUUUCGAGCACAACGCCUAUAUAAGUUUAUCGCUUUGAUCCCUUGUCAUUUUCGUGCGAAUCUCUUCUAUAUUUUCGUUUCUACAUUUUUCUUCGAAUAUUUUCUCGAAAGUUUUUAAUUAUUUGCUGUAAAUCUUUGACUGAUUAGACAUGGUCUUCCGCUUACUAUGUAUGCGUUUUCUAUUCAUAUUUUAAAAUAAAGUACGCUACUCGAACAAGCAUCGUUCGCCUGCCCAUUGUUAAAAAUUGAUGUUUCUUUUUUCUACGUGACAUUUCAAUCUAGUUUCCAGUAAUUGUAAAAUAAAUUUUAGUGGUAUUUAAAAUCGCGAUGAUGGGCGACAUGAAUCCUAUAAAAUUACGAUUUUAUAACGAAAGAUUCGAGAAGGAAAAAAAAUAUUUUCGACUGCAUGAAAAAUUUGUAGCUAUCGCGCGAACAAAACCACUAACCGUUAAAUUUUACGCGAAACAUGAUGUGAUCCCAGAAUGCGAGAUUCGACAAGAAUAUAUCGAUUUGAUUUCGAAACGAUUACUUCUAACCCCAAAGGAUAUUUAUACGUUCAGACCACCGACAGUGAAUAUGGAAUAUGGUUGGUUUUCCGAACUUUUGAUACCUCGAACGAAAGAUCCACGAUUAUGCUUCCCUAAAAAGCAAACGGAUUUCAUAUCUAACGAGCUUAAAAUACGUCACAUACAAAGAGGUUUACCGAUCGAAAAAUUUGUCGGAAUACCAUUCAAAGUUUAAAGCACGCCGUAUCAAUCAUACAAACGAUUGUC